UAGUGAGUGAGUAAGAAAGUGAGAGUGUCAGAGAGGGAGAGAAAAAGAGGGACGAACAGAGAUUUGGAGGUAUUUUUCUUGUGCGAUCGGUUUUUGAAUUCGGUGAGAAAAAUCCUUCUGAAUUCGAGAUAGUCACGAUGGAUCGCGAACUGGUCGACAAAUUCAUCGAGGUGACGGGCGAGAGCGAGGCGACUGCUCGACAGUACCUGACGUUGGCUGAUGGAAACGUGGAGAUGGCGAUCAGUUUGAUGUUCGAGGGUGGCAGACCACCGGAGACCGAGAACGCGAAUCCUGAGCCACCUGUGAGAGCUCCAAUACUUCCCACGCGCGAGAUCCUAGUGCCCUCAGAUCCUAUGUGUUCAUUGCCACAGUUGUCGAAUAAUGUGUUUGAUAGAUUCAGAGAUUUUGCGGUAGAAACCCAACGGCAAGAAGAAGAGAUGACUCGCCGAGUAACUGGUGGUGCAAAGCAAUUGUCUCAGAAGAAAUCAAAGCGGUUGGAAGAUCUAUUCCGACCACCAUGUGAUAUUCUCUUUUUGGGCUCCUUCAUGGAAGCACGGGACCAUGCGAAAACUUUAAAUCGUUGGCUGCUUGUCAAUGUUCAGAAUCCACAAGAGUUUAAUCAAAUUAACAGGUAAAUAUUACUAUUUAAACAAAUAUUCUUUAAAAUUUAAUAAAUUUUUUUUGGUGUGAUUCAUAUUCUGAUUUUGAGCUACAUUUGUUACUUUCAGGUUUUAUCUAAUACUUCGGAUGGAAAACGUUAUAUAGACUUUUACAAUGUAAUGGCAUAUCCUUAUCUGGCGAUUGUAGAUCCUAGAACAGGAGAGUGUAUGAAAACUUACAAUAACAUUACUGUUGAUAGCCUGAUCUCUGAUUUAAAUGAUGUACUGAGCACACAUCCAUCUCCAGAAAGUGCUACGUAUGUUUCAUCUGAUUCUAAGGAUUGGAAUAAUUUUCCUACAACACCUCCAAAACGAAAUACUAUAGCUGAUCAGAUAAAAAAUGAUUGUGGACCUAGUAGCAAAACUUCUAGACUUUUAUCAGAAAAAGUCACGUAUUUUGGAAACGAGAAUGUAGCAUCUGACAACAUUACAAGUUCGAGUGUUUCAAAUUUGAAUGCUCCAAGUAGCAGCAAUACUGCUUUUAAUAAAAAGAGGAAAUUGAAUGAAUGUGCGACUAAGCAGCAAAAAGACGAAAAAUUAAAAUCAAAUACAACUAAAUCUGAAACAGGCGACGAACCUUUUCUACGGCUCUGUCUACGAUUGCCUAAUGGUGCAAAGGAAACGUUAUCAAUGUGUGCAACGGAUACCAUAGAAGAGUUUUUGAUUAAAAUGGAGGAAAUGGGUUUUCCAUCAACAGAGCAUUCAUUUUUGGUGCCAUUCCCGAAAACAAAUAUUGGUGCAUUAUCCGCAAAUACUCGUCUGCUAGAUACAAUCUUGUUUCCAACGAACACAGUAUUCAUAUCGAAGAUAUAGUAAUUUUCUCUGAAUAAGUAAUAAUUGCUUCCAUUACAUUUCCUUAGUUACACUUUCUUCAUUAUAUUAUGGUAAUUGAGACAUUCAUUGAAAAUUUUGUCACUGUUGUUUCUACAUUACUAUACGAAAGUAUAGUUUGUAAAAAUUGUAUAGUUAAAACUUUAGAAUUUGAUCUCUGUUCCUUAAAAUUAAUGAAUCAAUUAUUCAUAUCUCGCGUUUAUUUAAGUACGUUUUGAAACGUUCUCAUUUAAAGAUACAUUUUUUUCAUGUAAGGCAAAUGAUAAAGGCACUGCCAUUCGGUGUUCAUGUCAUACAAAAAUGCGUUCAUUAAUCUUUUUAUCUUUAAUUAGGAAUUAAGAUUGUCGCAACUUAUAAGAGAAAAAAGUUGCAUACGUAGUUACUGCCGAAGUAUCGAAUAAUAUUACUUUUUAGUUUUAUUAUUACCAUUUCCGGAAAAUCUUGUAAGUGCCGUCCAUAAUGCAUACAACCAUCACAAUACAUCCUUUUUGGAAUAUUUCGAAGUGGCACAUACAACAAAUUAUUAUAUUCUGGCAGUCAUUUUAUAGCAUUAUUACUCGAUAUAAUGAAACAUUUGAAGCGUUCUUUAUGAAACUUUUAUCAAUGUGAUCCAAGAUACAGGACAAGUAAGAUUCCAUAAUAUAAUAUAUAUCACAGUUAUAAAUGAAAACAUUUAUGUAUAUUACAAUACAAGAUAUAUCAAUGUAUCAUCUUUUCAUUAAGAUAAUCAGUUCAAGUUACAACUGCCGAUAUAGUUAAGAUAGAUGUAGAGCAGGAUAAUUUAAAGAUAUGAAUUAUAAUUGUCAAUAGAAUAUGCUGCAUAAAAGAUUAUGCAUUGAUUACAGGUACACGUCAUGUCAUCUGUAUUUUUACUUAUUUCUUAGUAUACAGUGUCAUAAUUCUGUAAUAUACGUGGUAGAAAGUAUUUCUCCUAUUAAGUAUGUACU